AUGAGUGAAGGAGGGGUUGUCCAGGAAUUCCCUAGUGAUGCAGAUCAACUGCUUGGAGCAUUCCCACCUCAGCGCAUGCCAAAAUCCAGGGGGCGGCGCAACGCUCGCAUCGGCACCGAUGUGUAUAUGCCCGGCCACAUUAUCCAUUUCUCCCUUACUCCGCGACCGACACUUCGCAUCCGCCGCGCCGCGGCGUCGGGACACACUCAAGUAUUAGGGUUAAUUGAGGCUUGGAAGGCUGAGCCAUUUCUGCGCGCCGUAUUGAUUUGA